UUCUCAGGUAUCAUUCCUUCUCUUCUUGUAUUUUUUUCCAUUCCCCCCUCCUUUUAUGGUUUAGCUAAAUUUGUUCCCUCUAUUUUGGAUGACGUUUAUAUUGAUUCUGCUUUUCUUCGUCUAGUAUAUACUCCCUACCCUAAUAUAAGUAGCAAUUAUUUAUAUUUGACAUUAACCUAUGGUUCUUCAAUUUGAUAUUUUUUCUGGGCUUUUUCAAUUGUUAAACUUCUCAAAAUUACCUACAAACAUCAUGUAUCGGUUAAAAAUCACAAACAUCAUAUAUGGCUAUAUGGUCUUUGAAUAAUUAUCAAAGACAAUUAGAUUUAAUAAUCUGAGAAAUUGGUUGAAUGGAAUGUGAGCCCUAUGACUGUGAGGUGGGGGAAGAAGAUGGGUAAAAGAUAAAGUUUAAGUUUGUGAGAUACCCCUCAAAAUGGAUUGAAUUUUUCUGAGCGCAUUCCAAUCUAAAUUGGACAGGAAAGGGAAUGUGUGAGCAAUGAACAGUCUAAAGUUAUUUGCAAGAAGAACAUCAGCUGCUUUUUACAACCCUACCUCGAGUUUUAGUCCGUAUUAUCGAUCGUUGUCUUCGUCCGUUUCAGCUCCCCCCAAUAAUAAUAAUAAGCUGUUUGUUGCUGGGUUGUCUUGGUCGGUUGAUGAGAGAUCUUUGUUGGAUGCUUUCUCCAAUUUUGGUGAGGUGACAGAAGUGAGGAUAAUGUAUGAUAAAGUCACAGGAAGGUCUAGAGGGUUUGGAUUUGUUUACUUUGCCAAGGAUGAUUUUGCGGUAUCUGCAAAAGAUGCUAUGGAUGGUAAGGAGCUUUUAGGUCGUCCAAUGAGGAUAAGCUUUGCUGUUGAUAGGGUUCGAGGAGAUCCAACAAUGGUAUCUCGCAUUCGGGACUCUGAAGCUGCUAUCAGAUACAAGAACUAAAUCAGUGACUGUUUAAGGAAGUUUCAAGAUCAAAUAAAUGAAUAUGAGAUCAAGAUGUUGUCACUAUCAAAGUGUUUUAGGUUUUUCUUCAUUUUGCUUUGAGAAUGGUAUAAAAAUGGAUACAAGCUUCCCGUACUUGAGACUUUUUAUGGAUCUGUGUUGUGGUUUUGUCGUUUUUGAAGUCUGGAUGUCGGUGUAAACACAAAUUUCAGAGUCUGCAAAAUAACGAACUCAAAAUAAGUGAACAAAAUAAUUUUUAUUGA